AUGCAGCUCCGUCCGGGAGCAGCGGUGCUGCGUAGCACCUACACAGUCUCACGAUCUGCCCUCCUAUCUUCGUCAUCCCGAUGCGCGCAAUGUCGGCGGAUCGCACCCCUCGAUGUCCGGUUACCCGUGACCGCUGCCUUGUACCAUUCCUCGUCGAAGCGAUCCUCCGCCUGGGGAGCUGCCGUGUCUGUCGCUUCCAACAUCGCAUCUAAUGCUAUCAACCGAGUGGUCCCGAAGGGGGAUAUGCACAUCGACCCUCUACGGACGGUGGCCAAGGAAAUGAAGUUUCUCACGGGCAACAUUCGAAAGCUGCUUGGUUCAGGCCAUCCUUCGCUGGAUCGUGCUGCCAAGUACUACACACAGGCUGAGGGCAAACACAUGCGGCCCUUGAUUGUCCUGCUGAUGUCAAGAGCAACAUCGUUGUGCCCCAAGGGCCCACGCCUUCAAUCCGCGCAGGCUAUUGGCGGUGUCGACACGGCUAUAUCUCCUCCCGGAAUCCUCGUCGACGUCAACCCAAGCACGCCCCUGAGCGGCGUGGCUGCUGACCCCGUCGAGUCGGAAUCCGACAUUCUUCCUUCCCAGCGCCGUUUGGCCGAGAUUACGGAGCUGAUCCACACCGCCUCUCUGCUUCACGACGAUGUCAUCGACCACUCUGUCUCGCGCCGUGGUAACCCGUCGGCGAACCUCGAGUUUGGUAACAAGAUGGCCGUGCUGGCUGGUGACUUCCUUCUCGGCCGUGCCUCUGUUGCGCUGGCGCGCCUGCGGAACGCCGAGGUGAUCGAGCUCCUGGCCACCGUUAUCGCCAACCUUGUCGAGGGCGAGUUUAUGCAGCUGAAGAACACCGCGCACGACGAGCGUAAGCCGGUUUGGUCCGAGGAGGCCCUCACUUACUACCUUCAAAAGACUUACCUCAAGACGGCCAGCUUGAUUUCCAAGUCUUGCCGUGCUGCCGCCAUUCUCGGUGGUGCGGAUGCAGCUUCGGUGGAGGCUGCUUACCUCUAUGGCAAGAACCUAGGUCUCGCAUUCCAGCUAGUUGACGACUUGCUCGACUAUACAAGGAGCGAGAAGGAAUUGGGCAAGCCUGCGGGAGCCGACCUGGAGCUAGGCCUCGCGACGGCCCCGCUGUUGUUCGCGUGGAAGCAGAUGCCGGAGUUGGGUGCUCUGGUUGGCAGGAAGUUUGAGCAAGAGGGCGACGUGGCAAGGGCACGCGAGUUGGUUCUCCAGAGCGACGGCAUUGAACAGACAAGGGCACUGGCGCAGGAUUACGCGGAGCAGGCGAUCGCCGCUCUGGCCGAUUUCCCCGACAGCGAGGCCAAGGACGGUCUCAUUGAGAUGGCCAUGAAGUCUCUGAAGAGACAGAAGUAA